CGGCGCUUUUAUUCUGAAAACCGCAUACCGGAAAUCUUGAUGCAUCAUGGCAAAUCGAAAAUGCUCUACUGUUGAGGUGUGACCGUCUACCCUCGUCAAGACACGGGUGAAUCUAAACAGUAUGGAAGUCUGUAGUGAAUGGGAAAUCUAUAUCCCCGUGGAGGCCGAAGUGAAAAACAUCUCCCUGAAGAGCUUACCAGACUCAGUCCUCAGAAGAAUAGAUCUGCCUGUCUCUGAUAGCGACUCCUCCAGGAAGUCCACUGACUCUACAGAUGUAAUAUGGAUUUCUCCAGCAGUGAUUGGAAGAAAAGGACAUGGAUCUGCCUCAUGGAAAGAAAGGCAUUUGGCUCAAAACACACUCGAAUUCCAAGGCACAGAGUUUCAGGCCGGUCCUUUGAAAAUGUCUUUUGUCUCCUCCAACCGAGCAGCCAGAGACGUGCUCAAGAACAUCUCCGCUGGAAAAUGUUCUUCCAAAAAAGAGCCUUUACAUCAGGACUCAGCACUGCCGGCAAAUCAGAAUGCCGUUGUCGUCUGCAAUGGGCAGAUUUACCUGUGCAUCAGGAAGGCCAGGAGAAAGCAACAAAAGACACGGAAACUACAGCUGUCCUCCAAGGCUGCCAUUCCUUCAACUGCAGGGCUGCGAACUACAAGCUCAACAAAGGAGCUCAUCAGUGGCAGACAGAAGAUAAAAGCUGAUACAGGUAAAGUAAAGGGCUGUGAGAAGGCUGCUGAGCUGAAAAGAAAGGAUGGUUCUGCAGACAAGGCUGAGUAUUCAGGACCUUGUCCCUCUGACGGUGGACACAGAGCGGACGGUAACACUCGGUAUUUUAAAGCUCCCAGGAAAGAGUUGGCCUCAGAGGAAACAGCUCUGCAGCCUUUGUAUGUUCGGCCUCAGGAGAAGCAGGAGCACCCAACAAACAGGGUGGUUGUAGAAUAUGACAUGAACAACUUAGGCGAGGAAGAGGGGUCUGUCUGGGCCAAUGACAUAGAUCGCAAUCAGAUGGACAGUCAGGAUGAUGAGAAUGCUGGCAACAAUGGGUGGAUGAUGAUGAUGAAGUCUCUGGGUGCAGCUGGUGCCUCGACAUCGAAACACAUGGACAUUGACUUUAAUGAGCUGGAAAAACAGGAGAAGAUCGCUCAGCUAAAGGCCAAAUUCAUGCAGAAAGAAGCUGCUCUCAACGACUUGAUGUCAUGAUGGGGACUACUCUGAUGAUUCUGCUGUUUCUCCAAAUCCGUCUCAUCUCCUUAGAAGCUUCUUAGAUUUGUUUUAGACCGAACUGAUGGAAGUUACCGUUUAGCUGUUAAAUAAUGACUUAUGAGUUGUUCUUUGUAAACUCUUUGAUCCGGGUUUGUUCUAAGGGUAUCCUGCUCAUUUAUGGACUCGUUUGUUUUUACAUACCAUACUUAUGUCUUCGUAGUAACUUUCCAAAGACAAAUCCUUUGCCUUAUACUGUAAUGGCUAAACUUUAUGUUCAGAUUAAUCGGUUUAUUAUUUGAGGAAUCUUUAAAAUGAACAAAAAUAAACAAUACUGAACUGA